AUGGAUCCCUUCUUCGACGACACAGUUGUGCGAGACCUUGUUGAGGCAACUGCUGGGGCGCUGGACGCCGGCGCCGACCCUGCCGCGGUGUACGGCCUGGUGUCAGAGACAUGCACGCAGUGCGUCGACUACAUGUCACAGGAGCUACACAACACUCUGAUGCAACGGAUGCACCCCGACACACUGAUUGACCGCUUCAAUGGGAAGACGGUCCUGCAUGAGCUGCUGGGCCGCACCCACCCGCCAGCGCUGGUGGCAGGCCUGGAUUGGGAGGGCGUGCCCCAGACCACGCUGGAAGAGGUCCUGGACAGGCACGAGCGGCUGGGGCCAGACCCGCACCUGGAUCGCCCACCCAGCAACCGUGCCAGCGCUGGAACUGACAUGGCCUGGGCCGCGGGUGCCACUCCAGACCUGCGGGAUGCCGAGGGCAACACAGCACUGCACCUGGUCGUGGUCAAUGCGUGCCGGGAUGAACAAGGAUACUUUCCGGACCUGGCGCCGCACCUCGCUUUCCAUGUGCGGAAGCUCCAGGACCUGUACCGCGACGAGGAGAGGGUGGACUACCUGGAGGGCGCAGGCACCGCCCUGCUGCGCCGCGGCUGGAGCCUGGACCUACCCAACCGGGAUGGCCUCACCGUGAGGCAGGCGCUGGCCGAAGCGCAGGGCCUGGCUCGGUCGAAGCGGGUGCGCUGGCAGCGGUUGGCGGCUGAGCAGCGCCCAGUGGGCCCGGGGGCCGCCUCCGACAUGCACCAGGGCGCGCAGCACCUGCUCCAGCAGGCUGAUCGCAUGGAGCGAGUCCUGCUGCAGCUCGCAAACUUGGGCGGAAACUGA